AUGCCGAGCAAGUUCGGAUGGCAUUCGGCAACGCUGGGAGAUACUCGGAUGGAUCAACGUAUCAACCGAGAAGGAAGUCUCGCAUCGAGUGAGCGUGGGAAUGUUACCACCAGCAGGCGAGCAGUGUCGUUUGGCGACAUGAACAGCGGAUUCCAGGGUGCCAAAACACCGGUCGUCCAAAAGAAGAGGCGCAUGCCCAAGUGGCACAGAGUCACAUGCUCCGACGGCAUCUUCCUGUCAGAACUGGCGUGA